AUGCUCCUGCAGUCAAAGCGCGCGAAGCUGGAGGCAGCGAAGAGGAUGCUAGCAGCGAUGUCUCGACUGUACUACAGGAGGACAGACAACUCCUCCUACAGGGACCGGAUCGCUCUGAGGAUUGUCAGGGCCGAGUCUGAACUGUCUGGCCUGGAGAAGAACUACCUGGGAGCAGUGGAGAAAGGAGACUACGCCUCAGUCAAACAGGCUCUAGAGGAGGCAGAGAUCUACUUCCGGAUCAACAUUAACUGUAUAGACCCGUUGGGCCGCACAGCUCUGCUGAUCGCUAUUGAGAAUGAGAACCUGGAGAUUAUAGAGCUGCUGCUCAGCUAUAACGUGUACAUCGGUGACGCUCUGCUACACGCCAUCCGUAAAGAGGUGGUGGGGGCCGUGGAAUUGCUGCUCAACCACAAGAAGCCCAGCGGGGAGAAACAGGUUCCUCCCAUCCUAUUGGACAAGCAGUUCUCUAACUUUACUCCUGACAUCACACCCAUCAUCCUGGCAGCUCACACCAACAACUAUGAGAUCAUCAAACUGCUGGUGCAGAAGGGGGUGUCCAUGCCCCAGCCACAUGAGGUGCGCUGCAACUGCAUGGAGUGCGUGUCCAGCUCUGAUGUGGAUAGUCUUCGUCACUCCCGCUCUCGUCUCAACAUCUACAAGGCCUUGGCCAGCCCAUCACUCAUAGCCCUCUCCAGUGAAGACCCUUUCCUCACAGCCUUCCAGCUCUCCUGGGAACUACAGGAACUCAGCAAGGUAGAGAAUGAGUUUAAGUCGGAGUAUGAGGAGCUAUCUCAGCAGUGUAAACAGUUUGCCAAGGACCUGUUGGACCAAACCAGGAGCUCCAGAGAACUAGAGCUGAUCCUGAACUACAGAGACGACAUCAACCCUCUACUGGAUGAGAACACCAAUGACCUGGCCAGACUCAAACUGGCUAUCAAAUACACACAGAAAGAGCACAGCUCUCCUCUAUGGACAGACUCCCAGCCUAUUCACCUGCUGGAGCUGUUGGGGCAGCCCCCUCGGGCUCCCCUGCCCUCCCCUGUCCCUGGGCUUUGUCUUAAGAGAAAUAGCUACGAUGCCUCAGUGAUCUGCUACCCGCCUGCCCUAAUGAAGGAUGUCCCUCCAAGCCAGCGGGGUGACCAGGUCAGCGGCAUGUCGGCAGGAUGGAGGCACAACGCCACCACGCCCCACUUUGAAGUCCUGGCCGUGGUCCGGUCACGCCUGUCCCCUCCGCUCACGGCUCAGUGA